CUUUCCCCAAUCUUUUUUCUUGCAGGCUGCCAAGGAUUGUGCUGUUGGUUGGGUAAAUCAACAAAAAGUAGGUCGCGGUGGGCAGCAAUGUUGACCCUGCUUCAAUCCCCUGCCUUCUCUUCUCCUUCCCGACUACUACCUUCACAAAGCAGAAAACUCUCUCGCCCCUCCGCACCAUGUCCAAGCUUUUCACUUUCGGUUCAUUUUCGACCAUGUUCCCCGACCACCGCCAAUGCAAGCAACACCCAGAUCCGGAAAGCAGAGUGCAAGUCAUCGAACAUUUUCUAUGGCGACGAUGAGGAAGAUGGGUUCGGAGGAAGAAAAGGUGAUGGGGAAGAUUAUGAUAAGAACCCCGAGUUUGCUGAGAUUCUUGGAAGCCUCAUCCUUGACCCAGAAAAAGCCAAGUCCAAAAUUGAUGAAAGGUUCAGAAAGAAAAGGAACAGUGUUUUGCAAGCAAAGACUGGCUCGCCCAUACCCAUGGAAGUGAAAUUCAACCAAUUUGAUUUUACAAACUCUUAUAUAUGGUUUGAGUUCUACAACUCCCCAUUGGAGAAGGAUGUCUCAUUGAUUUGUAAUACUAUUCGGUCUUGGCAUAUUAUCGGACGCCUUGGUGCAUGUAACUCAAUGAAUAUGCAAUUGUCACAAGCUCAUAUGGAAAAAUCACCAAGUUAUGAUGCAAUUCAAGGGGCAAAUGUGACUCCAACAACAUUUUAUAACAUAGGUGAUCUUGAGAUUCAAGAAAACUAUGCUCGUAUUUGGGUUGAUAUUGGGACAAGUGAACCGCUACUUUUGGAUGUACUCAUCAAUGCAUUGACACAAAUAAGUUCGGACUGUAUAGGAAUUAAGCAGGUAGUGUUUGGUGGGUCUGAAUUUGAAGACUGGAAAGACAUCUUAAAGGAGGACGUGGGCUACUACAAUGUCCACAGGAUUUAGGAGAAAUGAAAUUUGCAGAAUUCUAUUUUCUGGAUUGCUGCUCCUAACAUCCGUCAUUGAAUCAGUUUUGUUCAGAGAGAAGAACCUCACACGGACAGUGCAAAACUCUUCAAGAACUCAAUUUUGCUUGCUUGAUCCACACUCACCGUGUGUGAUGGAUGGAUCAACUGUGAAAAACUAUCGCCAGAUCAGCUGUAAUGUAAUGCACUGAAUAAUAAAACCGCAUCAAUUUGCAGCCUACUUAGUAUUUGACUUUUUGUCCUUUAAAAUUUUAAAAUAAUUGUGCUAAUCAAUUCCCUUUGUCAAAUGAUAUUAUUAGAAUAGAAGCAAGGUAGAAGAUGGAAAUGAAAACAUCUUAUUGAGAAUGAGAUAUUACAGAGUAUUUAUACAAGCUGCAGUCUAACUGACUAUAAGCAAAC